AUGGCUGAUGUCUUAUUGAUUGACUCCUUUCCUCCAGUACAAUCCUUCACAGCUGAGGUACCUCAGGAUCCCACUAUAACGGAACCUACAGAAUCUAGCAUUGAUAUUGAUAUGCUAUUCAGUGAGUUUGAAAAUGCACACAACAUGGUGAAAAAACAUACCAUUCGCCUUCACAGAGGACAUGUCUAUGAGGAGUUGAUGGCAAAAUUCCGAGACGAAUCUUUCAAUUUUUCAAAAGAUCUCUUUACAUUGGAAAUGGUGCUACCAAAUGGCGAGACUGAAAUUGCUGAGGAUAACGGGGGUGUUGUACGAGAUGCACUUACAGAAUUUUGGAAGUCUUUCUGUGAUAAAUGUACGCUUGGCAAUGAUUGCAAAGUACCUUUUCUGAGGCAUGAUUAUUCAGAUGCUGAUUGGAAGUCAAUUGCAACAGUGAUUUUCUUCGGCUGGUCUACACAGCGGUACUUCCCUAUUUGUUUAUCAAAAGCUUUCAUGUCCUGUGCAAUCUAUGGAAUGGACAUCUUUUCAGAGAACAAAAAAAACAUGAUUUCGGAUUUUCUCUCGUUUUUGCCGGAAGGUGAAUCAAGAAUCCUUUCUGCAGCACUAAAGGAUGAUUUUGACCAGGAGGAAGUCAUGGACAUUCUCGGGUCGCACGAAUGUCGUGUGGUUCCAACCAAGGAAAAUCUGGAGAAGAUCCUGGGGGAAAUCGCCCACAAGGAAGUGAUCCAGCAGCCCAUGUAUGUAAAAGACUGCGGGUUCAACCAGUUAACAGCUCUUGGUUUCGAUCUGAACACCAGUUUGGAAACACUGUAUGUGUCUGCAAAGCCAAAUCCCCGCAAAGUGAUCAAGAUUUUAUCUUUUCCAGACGAAAUGAGUCCUGUUCAGAGUGCGACAUCUGGCUUCUUAACAAAGUACAUCCGGGAACUAAAUUCUGAUGACUUAUCAAAGUUUCUACGUUUUUGUACUGGUUCUGACUUGCUUCUCACAACUGGCAAUGGAGAAAACAAGCCAAUAUUUGUCAGGUUCAACACCCUGUCAGGGUUAUCAAGAAGACCUGUCGGCCAUACUUGUGGACAGGUACUGGACGUACCUGAACAGUAUGACAGUUACAUUGAAUUCAGGGCCGAAUUCAACUCACUGCUCAGAAGUGACAUUUGGAUAAUGGACUUUGUGUGAUUUAAUCCAGCCUGCCACUUUGACUUUUAACACCUCUUUAAUCUGAGUUUAUGUGAACUUUCUGGAAGUGACUUUAUUGUUCACCUUUGUUCUUGUUGUGUGAUACACAAGUGUUUUUAUCAUAAUCCCUCCCAACAUAGAAGAUGUUCGUAUACAGUAUUUUCAUUUUAGAAUAUAGUUUCAUUUCAAGUUUCCUUCAAAGGGGUUACUGUACAAAAUGAAAGAUCUCAUUCUAUAUUGAUAUUUUUAUAUCAUUUUAAAAAGUGUAAAAUUAUGUUGAAAAAUUUAUGUGUU